CAGUCUUGUGGCAAUAUCGGACGAAGGCUUCGAAAGGCGUCUCGAACCCAAGACUACGUGAAGGAAUAGCUGACCGGGAAGGGAAAGAUAAGUCCGACUUGAUUUAAGUCUAGCUUGUUGCGGGUACCAUAUCAGCUGGAAGCAGAUAUUCCACAGUACAUCUUGCGCAAGCGCAUCGCCGGCGCCACACGCACUGCUCGCUUUUGAUGCAGAAAUCCACCAUUCUAUGCUUAUUCCCCACUCUGAGAUCAUGACAACUGAAACAACGUGGAUCGGUCCCGAGAGGCACAAAGAACGUGUGAUGGAUUUACUCAGGACCUUGGAUGUGCCUUCUCUCAGAGAAAAGAAAGUUCUGGUUACAGGGGGAGGUGGAUUCUUUGGAAUCCACCUUGCAAGGGCACUUCACAUGCUUGGAUGCACAGUGGUUAUAACUGACAAGGCUACACCUAUCGAGAAGUACAAUGAGGAAAUCAAAUUUGUGCAGGGAGACAUACGAGACAGAAAGUUGAUGGAGGAGCUUUGCAAAGGCAUUAACUGUGUGUUCCACAUUGCUUCCUUUGGCAUGUCUGGAGCAGAAAUGAUGAAGAAGAGAGAUUUUAUCGAGAGCAUCAAUGUUGGAGGAACAGAGAAUGUCAUAGAGGCUUGUGUCAAGUUGAAUGUGACAAGGCUGAUCUACACAAGCACCAUCAAUGUCGUCUUGGGUACCAGAGAGUUUGACAUGGCUACAGAAGGGGAGCUACAACGCAUUCCACCAGAGAAGCAUACGGAUGACUAUUCCAGAACCAAAACCAUUGCUGAGAUGCUUGUCUUAGACUCAAAUGGCAGAAAAACACAAAGUGGAGAGGUUUUGCACACCAGUGCAAUCAGGCCGCCUGGUAUCUACGGAGCUGGUGAACAGCGGCAUUUCAGCAGACUUAUGGGCUUCAUAAAAUUCUACAAGGCCAAUGCAGGAAGUCCUUACAGUAAAACCAACUGGGUUCACGUGGACAACCUAGUGAAUGGACACCUACUGGCAGCAGAAGGACUGUCAGCAGGCAAGAAACACGUAGCGGCAGGCCAAGCUUACUUCAUAACGGAUGAGACACCCAUCAACAAUUGUGUCUUCUUUAAGCCAGUCUUCACAGGCCUUGGCUACACUUUCCCGGAUUUUUGGAUCCCUCUCAAUGUGAUCUGGUGGCUUGCGUUCAUAUCUGAAAUAAUGCAUUUCCUCCUGAAGCCAUUUUACGACUUUGUUGGUUUCACCAGAACUGAGGUUUACCAGCUGGCCCUACACCACACUGUUAGCUACCAGAAGGCACAGCAACAGCUAGGCUACCAGCCAGUCCCACGUGGCUUGGAGGACUCUGUGGCCCAUCUGCGACAACUAGGCUAUGGCAGAGCCCUGCAAGAGACCAGCCAGACAAGUUGGACCUCAUCACUGCUGUUCAAGGUUGUUCUGUCUAUUUCUAUCAUAGUUGUCUUUAUCGCAGUGUUGCUGUAAGGUCAAAAGAGAAUCUGUAAAGGAGAUAAUUUUACUAAAAGAUGCUGAUUUUUGGUCAGCAUUGGAUCACUGCAUGGCCCAUUGACACUGCCUUUUACUGCCAAAGAUAUGCUUUUUCCACUACACAGAGGGACCAAGCCAGCUGACAUUGUCGAGGCUAAAAUAUCAGCAAAGCAUUUAUUCUUUUUCCUGUCAUGCCUGAGUCCACUUUUUAAUGCCAACAGAGAAGGUACAAAUAAUACAAAGGGGUUGCAACAGAUGUUUUUGGAUGGCUAAUGCACUGCAAAAGUAUCUGUAUGAUGAAUUUUGUAAAAGCCACAUACAGUGAACUCCGGCUAAGGCAGCACUCUCAGGACUCAAGAAAUUAUGACAACUUACGUGAAUGCCGACUUUUACUGUAAGUCGUCAUGUUGCCGACUUACAUGUACACAUGUAUUGCCCAUGUACAUUAUGAUUCCUUGCACUAAUUCAACGGCUUUGAUUUACCUUGGUUAAUUUCUACCUCCAUGGUCGAUCCCAGCAAAUUCGUUCUCAAUUAGUAUCCUCACGGGCUGCAAAUUCGAUAAUUGAUCAUGUGCUCCUAAGGAUGAAGCAAGGACGGCAAGCCACUUGCGUAUUCACAUCACAACUUGACAGUGCAGUACGUAUUUACAUGAUACAGUUACGGUACAGAAAACAUACACUCAUCCACACACACGCAUUAGUUAAGUUUGUUCAAUAUAGUCUGGAUACCAGACCCAAUGAUUCUGACUACCCGACAAAUCAUUAUCAAGGUCGUCAGGGAAUCUUUUGG